GAAAUCCGUUUGUGGUCUGGUGGAUUAGCGAGUUUAAUCCGCGAGAACACUGAGGGAGACCAGAAGACAUAGCUGACUAGCUAGCUAGCGAGGUAGAAGGGGGGAAAAUAUAAAACACGGACCCGAAAGCUGCAAUUCUUGAAGUAUAAAGCGGAAACGAAAUAUUGUGCCAUUUACAUAAGAUUCUGUCUUGGAAAAAGUGCAAAAUCUAGUUUGCAAAAUCUUUUUUUUAAAUUCCCGGGCUCUGUUUAUUUUAGUUUGUUGACUUGGUUAGCAAGAUAGCUAAUUUGUGACAGAUCCUGAGAACAGCUGGACACCCAACGGAGUCAGAGACUGGAACUAAUUAGUUAGCAACCUAUCUAACUACGUUGCAUAUAAAAUAAUUUCGGUGAUAAAGCGGGCUCCCCCUUUCCCCUUCCCCUCCUGGGUUUUGCCUUCUAACCUAGCUAGCUAGCAGGAACUCCCAUUUUGGGCUGUCCUGCCUUGCUGGUUUUGAAUUCGGGGGUCGCUAGCUAGCUAGGUAGCUAGUUAGCAAGAUUAAGAAAGUCGUCUCUUCGCUAGCAAACGGCACAGAGGAAUUAAUCACAUUUUAAAUCCUGAGGUGAGACGAGGUGAAACGAAGAUGUCAGGGAAAGACCAGAAUAAACAGUCCACCACCGAGCGGCUUAUUAAAGCGGUGCCCUUCCCGCCCCACCAGCGCCUCUCCAUGAAGGAGCUGUUCGAGGACGGCAAGCCCAAGCCGGAGGUGCUCAAGAGCCACCUGGUGAAGGAGGGCCGGCUGGAGGAGGAGGUGGCGCUGCGCAUCAUCAACGACGGAGCCAACAUCCUGCGCCAGGAGAAGUGCAUGCUGGAGGUGGAGGCACCAAUCACAGUGUGCGGCGACGUCCACGGCCAGUUCUUCGACCUGAUGAAGCUGUUCGAGGUGGGCGGCUCGCCGAGCAACACGCGCUACCUCUUCCUGGGGGACUACGUGGACCGAGGCUACUUCAGCAUCGAGUGCGUGCUGUACCUGUGGGCCCUGAAGAUCAACCACCCCACCACCCUCUUCCUCCUCAGGGGCAACCACGAGUGCCGGCACCUCACAGAGUACUUCACCUUCAAGCAGGAGUGUAAGAUCAAGUACUCGGAGCGGGUGUACGACGCCUGCAUGGAGGCCUUCGACUGCCUGCCCCUCGCCGCCCUCCUCAACCAGCAGUUCCUGUGCGUGCACGGCGGCCUGUCGCCGGAGAUCAACUGCCUCGACGACAUCCGCAAGUUAGACAGGUUCAAGGAGCCGCCCGCGUUCGGGCCCAUGUGCGACCUGCUGUGGUCCGACCCCGGGGAGGACUACGGGAGCGAGAAGACGGCAGAGCACUUCAACCACAACUCCGUCAGAGGCUGCUCCUACUUCUACAGUUACCCAGCGAUCUGCGACUUCUUGCUCAACAAUAAUCUGCUGUCUGUAAUAAGAGCUCACGAAGCUCAGGACGCCGGGUACCGAAUGUACAGGAAAAGCCAGACCACAGGUUUCCCCUCAUUAAUCACAAUCUUCUCAGCACCAAACUACCUAGAUGUCUACAACAACAAAGCCGCCGUGCUGAAGUACGAGAACAACGUUAUGAACAUCCGGCAGUUCAACUGCUCCCCCCACCCGUACUGGCUGCCCAACUUCAUGGACGUCUUCACGUGGUCCCUGCCUUUCGUGGGGGAGAAAGUGACGGAGAUGCUGGUCAACGUGCUGAACAUCUGCUCCGACGAUGAGCUCAUGUCCGAGGGAGACGACACGUGUGAAGGUGGAGCCCCGGCAGUGCGGAAGGAGGUGAUCCGGAACAAGAUCCGCGCCAUCGGGAAGAUGGCCCGAGUCUUCUCCGUGCUCAGAGAGGAGAGCGAGAGCGUGCUGCAGCUGAAGGGGCUCACCCCCACAGGCACCCUGCCCCUGGGAGUGCUGUCCGGCGGGCGGCAGACGCUGCAGAGUGCCACCAUAGAAGCAGCGGAAGCACGAGCCAUCCAAGGCUUCUCUCCCCAGCACAAGAUCCGCAGCUUCGAGGAGGCGCGCGGGCUGGACCGCAUCAACGAGCGCAUGCCCCCCCGCAAGGACGGCCAGCAGCCGGACGGAGCCACGCUCAACGCCAUCAACGCCGCCAACUCCCCCGACAAGAACGGCACGGACGCCCCCGCGCAGUAACGCUGCCUCGCCAGCGCGCCCCCCCCCCCCCCCCCCAACACCCAAACACGCCUCUAU